UUCUCUGCCAUACCAGAUCCGUUGGGUACAGCAGACUUGUUCCCUCGUUAAUUUGGUUCCUCCGUGUGUGUCUGUGAAGUCAAGAGGAGCUUUGCUAUGUGCAUUUGCCAGAGAUGGACUUCUGCUUGCAGUGGCUGUUAAUCAAACUGAUCCAAAGGCAACUCAGGUUUUGUUUCUAAAUACACUGAAUUUUGUAACUGUUUCGGGUAGUCUUAAAGGUUGUAGUAGCAAGAGUAGCAUGAUUCCAUCCAAGUUUAUCAGAUCUUACUGGGUUGGCGAUAUGAGUUGGACUCCUGAUAGCAUUUUCUUGGCUUGCAUGUUAAAAAGUGGAUCUUUGAUUUUGUUGACAUGUAUGGGUGAAUUGCUGACUUUAACUACUUCUGGCUGCUCUGUAGAAUUUGGACCAGCACAGUUUAUUCCAUUUCAUCCACUAAUAACAUACAGACAGCAACACUCUUUUUGUCAAGACUCUAGCCAGUCUCUUGGUUCUUCAGCUUCUGAACAUGACCUCAUGAGACAGAGAUUCUCUGUUGCUUCACAUUCAAGAUUACCCUACCUCAUUGUCUCUGAUGGGUAUAUGAUAACAGUGCUUAGAUUUCCUAACAACUUUUCACCAUCAGGAUUUAUAAGAUCCCUUUUGCUUGAUUCAGCCCAACAGCUUGAAAAUAUCCGUCGGAAUUUGCUGAACUCCAAGUCUGUAGUGAAAUCUCGGUGUUUACGAUCACUGUUGUCCUUAAAAGCUAGUCUUUUAAAACAAGUUCAAAACCAAAGUUCCAUCUUUUCCACAAUUCCAAAAUUCCUGGAAGAGAACACAACAGAAAUGAGUGAGAAAACCAUGGAUUUACAGGAUUAUGAAGAUGAAUCAGAUGAUGAAAAGCAGUUUUGCAAUAGCCCUUCCAGCUUCUGUAACCAAAGAACCCGUUCAUUUGUUGGUAAAGCUGAUCAAGGCCACUUAGAAUUUGCAUCAAUGUUUGAUGCUAUCCAUGCAGAAGAUGAUACUGAAGAGAAAGAUAAAUCAUCAUUGGAACUAUGCUCCAUUCAGAAAAACCUCCUUGCUGCAUGGCAGAUAGGGGUUUCAAAAAGUAUGGAAGAGAAAGAUACAUUACUGAAUUACACAGUGAACUGCAUUAUCCAUUUAUUCAGCAUUGUUCAUUUUGUGAAAUGUUCUUUGCUAAACCAGGAAACAUCUUUAAACAAGUCUGUGAAGGAUGCUCAAUGGAUGCAUUGUGUCCUCAAGUAUUUUCAGCAAUGUUUGACUGUCUUGUGCUGGCAUUCAAGAGCCAGUCUGACUGGGCAUGUGACAAAGCUGACAUUAGAAACUUUAAGACUGAUGCUUAUGCAGCAACAAGAUCAGUUGUUCUCAAAAAACCUUUUGGCAUGCUUCUGUCUUUUGAAAAUGGUUUCUCAAACUCUAAGUAAUGUGUGUGUGCUACAAUAUGAGAAUUUUUUUGCAUCUCCUGAUGGUAACAUUCCCGUGGAACUUGACUCCCUCACUAUGCCUGUUUUCUUAAUUCUUGAUGACAACACUACUCAGCAAUUCAGCUUACUGAAAUCUCUGCUUAAAGAGCCUCCUCAAGUAAACCAUGACGCAAAAACAGAAAAAAGGUUGAUUGUACUAUGGCGAUUAUUGUAUAAGAAAGUGGUUUGGUAUCAGGUGCAGCUGAAAAGAAAAGUGAACAAGAAUGCAGAAGAAGCCUUUGUUGUCUCGUUGCUUUUAAGUCAUAUACAAGCAACCCUCCAGUCUUCACGAGUGACAUUAGAACAACAUCUGAAGAUCAAUUCUGUAUCCGGUGAGGAACAGUUCCUUUUAGGGUCAUACAGAGAAUCUGUGAACAUUUGGAAGAGAGAUCUCUGUGAAAUCAAGGCAAAAGGAGGGAAAAGAACAUGUUUUCUUCAGAGUAGAUAUUAUCUUGCAAUAUUGUUUUGCCAUCUGUAUCAGUAUAACUUGUGUGAGGCUCAGGGACUCUGUGAUCAUCUGGUGGGCGAGAUUCUAAGGCGGUCACAGCUCUCAACAAGUGAGAUGGAAAAAUUUUCUGGUAUGUUUAUAUUGCCAAAAAAUCAUGAACUCUGGAUGGUAACCAGCAUUCAUACUGACGCUGCCAUGGCUGUGAUUCGAUCCAUGGCACGAUUCAUGGCUGCUUAUUUCACAAAUCAGCUGCUCUACAUCUUUCCCCCACACAGUGUUGGCAUCCUGCACCCACUUCACAUCAAACAAGGCUUAUCUCCUCGUGUUAUUCCACUGCAACACUCUUUGGUUACCAGAGCUGUCAGGGACCAGAACCUUUCAUCUGUGUGGACAGCUGAAUAUACUCUUGAUUUGUUCUUUAUUGGUGGACUCAUUCCAGAGGCUGUGUGGUUAGCACACACACUCGGGGAUUGGAAACUCUCUGUUUCAGUUGGCGUGGCCUACCAGCUGUAUUGUCAGAACUCUGAUGAAUUCUCAAGACUGAAAAACACAGAGCAUCACCUGCCAUUAAGCUUAUCACCAAUGCAGACUUUUCAGGAAAAGUUACAGUCUUUGUUAGGACAGCCAGUAACUUCGGAAACAUCAGAACACAUUAAAUACAAGAAAUUUACAGAUCCCAUUGAAGAGGAAGAUGCAAACGUUCUUUAUAGUUCAGUACAGGAACUACUGAAAGCAGCUGUUAUGGCAGAUGCUGAUAUUCUCUCAGAGACAUUUCGGCUUUUGAUGGAUUCUGCCAAGGAUCUUAGCAGAAAAUUGCAUGGUUUGGUUCCUGUGGGACUGUAUCUUCCAGCACCACCAUUAUACUGUCCUCAGCCAACUUUUCUCAGUGAAGAAAAUGGCAAUGACAUUCUUUUAAAAAUGGAGAGAGAAAUUCGUCAGAAAGUGUCGGGAGUUCUUCAGCGAAUUAUCCUGCUUUUCCGGGCUGCUCAUUGUUCUUGUCCUGCAGCACAGUGGUAUAUUAGGCAACUGAAGUGGGCAAGAAAAGUUAUGCAGAAAAUUCGAGUGAAAGGAUCUCUUCCUUCACUGGGUCCAUUCCCAGAGACUUUGCUUAGUUACUCCAAUUUCCACACUAUUUUCUAUAGAUCUGCAUCUUCUGAAGACAAUCGUUUCGAUGAUAUUACCUGUAAAAUUUUAGGUUGGUUCAGAGAGCUGUGUGCAUUAUGUUGGAUGUUUCAUGUUCGUGAGAAAUUAUCUGACAGUUGUAGGAGGUACCAAGCUGCAAGGGAAAAUACUAACAAUACAAAGGAUCUGCAGAAGAGUGAAUAUGAUGCCUCCACAGUUGAACAUUGUCUGAAUGCAGUGGAGUGGGCUUGUCGAAUGCUUCCUUUCUGCAGGUUCAUGAAUGCUGAAGAAUUAGUUCAAGAUGUAAUUUUGAGUCUUCUUGGAGAAUUGCCACCAGUGAAAAAGGUGGCAGAGAUUUUUGCUAAAGCAUUUCCUAAUCCUGAAGAUAUAAGGGUGCCACUAAGAGAGAAAUAUCAUGGGCUUCAGCAGCGACUCAGAAACAGUAUUGUUAAAGGUCCUGAAAGUGAAGAAAUGAUGUCUGCUGUUAUACAGACUGCUGAAAAAGUGAGAAUGAAGACCUUGAAAUGUGUAACAAAGAACAUAGGCCCUGUAGAAAUUAAUAUUUGGGAGCCAGCAGAAGAGAGAGCAGCAGAUGAUGAAGAACACUGUUAUGACAGAUUCUCAGUAGGCACUAGUCUAAGCACAAGCACACUUACUGAUCUUGGGAAUCCUCAGAUAUCUAGUGAUGCUGACACAGCAGAUACAAUUUCUGAUGCUUUGUUUACUGAAGAAGCAAGAACUCAAGUGCCUUCAUUCCAAAGGUAUGAAAAAAAUGGCAGCAGAAAGCUUUCAAUUUAAAUUAGGGGGGAAAAAAAGGAAAGAAAAGUUGUCUCUUGCUGAUCAAACAAUGUAUAUAAAAAAGACAUUCAGAAUCAGCAUAAUUUGCCUGUAGUUGGUACAUGGGAAUUUGAACGUGAUGAUGAUGAAUAUGUUAAAUUUCUAGAACUCUUUUUGAGUUAUAUUCUCGAGAAGGACCUGAUAAACUACAGUGACUCUGGAAUUCCAUUUCUUACUAGCUUUUCUGGACUUCUUCGAGAGCGUGAAUUGAACUCUCUGUUUUUUGAUGUCCAUACAACACUAAAACGUCGGCAAGGCAAAACUAGAAGCCAAAAUGUGUUUACAGCAGGGUCGUGCUAUACUGUCUCCCUGGAAUCUUGUGAUGCUGAAACAACAUCUGUCUACAAUGAAAACCAAAAUGUUUUGGCAAAACCAACCAUUGUACGGACAGCAGAACCUUCAGUGCAUAACCUAAUGAAAGGACUUCAUGAAGGAUUAUUUGGCUUAAAGUACAAGUCAAUUUACAGAGCUCAAUCUGACAAUCAAGGAGUCACUGUUGCACUAGCAAGCCAGGCCUUUCCUUACCAUACUUCCUGUAGCCUGCAAACUCAGGCAAAUUCUAAAUACUUUUACAAAACUGUUGAUGUAGUUGAUACUGUACCAGGAAAAGAACUGGCUAUAGACUUGAUGGGCGAGUUGAGCAAUAUUGCAAAAUUGCUUGAGUGGAUGAUCAGAUGGUCUGAAAAAAGACUUCUCUGUGGUUCAAAUAAACAAGAUUCCUUAGAAGAGAUUCACCCAAUCAUACGUAUAAAAACAUCAGCUGCUGCUGUUCUUACUUCUUUGUGGCUUUUAGAAACAAAGAGCAUAAAAUGUAAGCAUCCAGAUAAUCAGUGUCUGGAAGAAUUUGCACCUCUAUCAGAAGCCCAGUUCAGGACAGAGAAAGAAAGUAGCACAGAUGAAGGCUCUUCCAUAACGGCCAAUCCUCCUCCUGACACCCAGGAUGUACAAGCCUAUGAUGAUCUUUGUGAAAUGGAUUUUGGUAAUGCAGACAUUCCUCUAAGUGAUGGUCAGCCUUCUCGGACAGUUGUGUCAACUAUAUCAAGUGUUGCCUCCCAUACUUCUGUUUGUGCAAAGAAGCAAGAAGUCAAGGAAGAAAUCCCUGCAGAAGAGAAACUAAACACAUCGGAAACUUGCAGGCAGAUGCUCCAAGAUGAAAUGUUUAAGUUAGUUCAGCUACAGCAGAUCAACUUCAUGAGUUUAAUGCAACUAGUGCAGUCGUCCUUUGCCAAUGUACCAAAUGUUCAACAAAUGUUGCAACUGCAUCAGUCUGUUCAGCUGGCAGGGAGCCAGGCUACACACACUGCUGAAGGCAAUGGUCUUCCAGAAACACAGCUGCCCACUCAAGAAAAUAAAGAAAAACCAGGUCAAAAGAGCUCUGAUUUUCAACCAAGGAAUAGCUUAGAAGAUGAAAGCGUCAAUGGCCAUUUAAAAAAUCAUCCAGAUAUGAACGCCUCUUUAACCCUAUUUGAAAGCCACAGCAAGGAAACAGGAUUUAUGUCACCAUCCCAAGAUUUGCAUUCUUCAGUGCCUAGUAAACCACUUCACCUCCUAACCCCUUCCUCAGACAUCCAGAAAACACUGAAGUUUAUCCCUGUUGAAAAGAAAACAAGUUACUCAAAUGGAUUUCCUUUACUUAAACUCAAAUCAGAUUAUCAUUUCAAACCAGCAUUCUUAGAUUCCACAGAAGUGUCAUCAGCUUCUGACCGACCACCCCCUGUACCACGAGUAGCUUGGUGUUCAUCAGAUACCUUGUGGACCCAUCAGUCACCAUACACACGAGGAAAGACUAAGGCAAAAGAGGAUUUUAACAGGCGUGGAUAUUACCCUGAGAUCCCAAGGCAAAGACAUGAGAAAGAGAAGAGAUGGGCAGAAAGAGUGCAUAAGGGUCCUCCCAAACACCUGAAUCUAGAUCAGUACGAAGGACAGCAAGAAGUUACACCUCAGCAGCAGUUCUCUGCAAAUGUGCAUGAGUACAAAGACAAAGCACCCAUCACUCAUAACUUGGUUGGUAUUCCACUAUUGCACUUACAACUUGACCCAGUACCUAGACUUCCACCAACUGUGAGACAGCCGAUCACCGCUACUUUAAUACCUGUUAAACCUGCAACAAAGGAUACUGACUCCAGAGAAACACUACAGGAUACAGGAAUUUCACUACUUAAGGCUGAUUUAUUUCAAAAAAAGAAGGUACCAAAACUCAUUCCACUUCAAGAUCUCAUAGCAUUUGAGCAACGCCACCAGCAUCAUUCUGUGCCUGGUACUUCUUUUGGACAAGACCAAACUGAACCUAUCCAGUUACUAAAAACAGAUGUUGAACCUUUCAAACCAAGAGAUGUGCAGAACAAUAGAAAAAGAAAAAAGAGGCGUAAUAAGAAGCAAAUGAAAGAGAAGGAGAAGGAGAAGAAACCAAGUGUGUCCUUCCGCCCAGAGGACUCGAUUAUCAGUAUCAAUGACACAGCAAUGGUUGAUGAAUCAGGGACUGGGACACCUAUUUUGUAUUGUCACAUUUCAGACACAGUUACUACUUCAGCAGAUCUACAUUAUAUGGCUUCUGUAGGAAAAAAACCGGCAGAAACUCAAGAUGCAAGUACAAAUACUCCCCCAGUGCUCGAACCUUAUCAGGAUCACAUAAUCAGUGAUGGAAAUGAGGUUUCAGAAGUUCAAGAACAUGAGCCAGUCAUGUCUAUUCCUGUGUCAGAAUCAUCUAGUUCCCCAGCGAUAUUACCACCAGACAUGCAUUUAAACCUGAGAUUCCCCACUGAAGUGGAUGAGAGACCUUUGCCAUCCUUUCUGUCAGAUGCACCUGACCUGCAUGAACAUGAAUAUAUCAGUGUGAUUGACAUUGAAGACAGUGACAUCCUUAAUGAUUUGCCCAUGAUACCCGAGUCUGCAGAAGAGAUAGCUACUGCGCAGCAAAAUGUGAAGCUGGAAAUUCCAUCUACUGCAAAACUUCAUCACAUAGCAGCUUCUGUUACUGAUGCAAUUCCACCUGAGGUGCUUCAGAAGCAAGUUCAAGAUGAUCAUCAGAAAAAUGUAUCAAGCCAAGUGCAAAAGACAGAUAAGUCAGAUUCUGCUAUAGAUCAUAUAACUUGGAGCAUACUACAUGAAGAUGUCAGAACUCUUCCUUGUUCAGGGCUUCCAUCCAAAGUUAUUGGCAGAGGAUACUCUUCCACAAAGCAGCAGGAAAUGGAUAUGCAGUUACAGACCCUACAGAACAUCACAGAAAAUAUGGAGAAGGAUUUCAGAAAUGCCAGACUGUUAGUGAAACUAAUAGAAGAUUUUGAAAUGGCUGAGAAUUCAGACCUUGGUGCUCCUUCUUUCUUACCUGAUGCUGCUGGAGUCACUAGUGAUGCAUCGGAACGUUAUCUGACAAACAUGAUUUUUGAAGAUGUCACAGGUGAUCAAAAGGAGGGCUUAAACUUGGAAUGCCCUGUUCCCAGCUAUACUACAGUGGAAGUACAUUCUCCUGCCUUUGUAGCCUUGGCUUCUGACUUUCCCAGUGGUGUGAAGUCAUCUUCUGGCUCUCACAUAUGGAGAGAUCUACGUGAUAGGGUUCAUGAUUCUGCUGCUGGACAUCCUCGAAAAACAGAAAAGGAGAGGAAAGAGAUACAAACAUGGAUGAAAAGAAAGCAAAAGGAAAGAAUGAGAGAAUAUUUGAAGAAACUGGAUGAACAAAGACAGAAAGAACGUAAUCCAUUUAAUCUAAGAAGGAAUCAUCAUAGGCUUACUUCAAAGGAUAUUAGAGCCUUACAGAAGAAGAAAGAAGAAAAAGACAGAGCCCUGCUGUCUGAACAUCACAGUGCGAGAAUAUCAGAGGCCCUUUUUCUGAUGAGUGAAAUGUUAUCUGACACAGUGGUGUUACCAGCAAAUAAACCAUUGUCCAGAACAACGUCACCUCAAGUGCGAUCAGAAAGGAGCAGAGUUGCUGCCAAACCCAGCUUUGGGCACAAAGUACAGCGUUUCACCCCAGCUCUUGGUUUAACACAGCCCAGGGCUGCUGAGUACAGGGUAAGCAGAACCUCCAAACAAAAGCCUCCACAGGUUGCCACUGAAGUUCAGACAGAAGAUGUGGAUCAAGAAUCUGAUCGAGAUGUAGUAAGUCCUUGGACUGUGCCUGAUGAUAUCCAGAGAAUACUUCAAGAUACUCAUGACUCCAUUUUUCAGGCCUCUGCACUGUCCCCCAUGGGUUUCUCUCCUCUUGGCAGUAUCAACACUGACAGUGUUUCGGAGAGCACAGGAAGUAUCCUCAGCAAGCUGGACUGGAAUGCAGUGGAGGCUGUGGUAGCAGAUGUGGAAGACAAGUGA